AUGUUAAAUCCGUAGACAUAGUAGUGUCCAGGAUUAAGGCAGAUUUCAGGAAAUUUAGGUGAUAUAGUAGAUAUUUAAGCUAUAAGUGGAACUGAUCUAAUAGCUACUAGAGAUAUCAAUGGUGAGAUUUAGAUACUUGAAAGUUAAACCUUGAGUAUAAAGUAUACUGCCACAUUAAAUACUUAGAGUAUUUCUUCCUUUUACGUAAGUGAUUAGCUUAUGGUUGGAUUUGUUUUAUAAAGGAGCUUUGUUGUUUACUCUUUAAGGGAAAAUAUGUAAAUAUAUAGUGCAACAGCAUCAGAUAUUAUGCAGUUUGUAGCAGUCACUCCAUAUGUUUAUUAAUAAGGAUUAGGUAAUUAGCAAAGUGGCUAAUUAAUUAUCGCUACUAUUUCAAGCUUAUAAAAGAUUUACUUGUAUUUUGUGCAAAAUGACUAGAUAUAAUACAAUAUUUAAAAUUCAUAUGUUCUUAGAAAUAUGACCAAUCCAUUUAAAUUAACGAAUGACCAAGCUUUACCAUCAAAAGUUUUUGAUUUUGUUUAAAGUAAUUAAGUAAACUAAACGUUCAUAGCCUUUGUUUCAUAAUCUGGUACGCUAAUUAGCGGUAUCAUACAUAAUGUUUCAAAUAGCAACAAUACAAAUGUUUAGUAUUAUUAUGAUAACUACCUGUUAACUGGUACCGUUUAAACGUUUAAGUAUUUACCAACUAUUAACGUUUUAGCGAUUUAUUACACGUCUGGUAACUUGUGCUUUUAUGACACAAACAAAAUUAAUAUUAUUAACAAAGGAAAUAAUCAAAUAGUGCUUAAUUUCUAGACAUUCAUCUCAAAUCCUAAAAUAUGCAUUAGUCAAUUGGUGCCAAUAACAAUGAUCAAAGAUGUCUAGAGUAACAGUUAAACAUAUUUCUUCUUUUUCACACAGACCUACUUCUAUGUUUAUGAAGCUUAAGAUUUUGUCAAUAGAAAUUUUAAAUUUACCAACUAUAAUUAAAUAAAUUUAAAAUUUAAUCCAUUUUCUCUUUCAGCUACAUCUAUUUUCUAGCUUAACAACACCCAAUUAUUUUUGGGAUUUUAACUCGGAUACGUAGGGCAGUUUAACUUUAAUAAAUCAAUGAUAUCAGGUAAUUACAAUCCAUCUGUAUAGGGAAAUUUAUUAUAAACAAAAACUUUAACUACUUUAGGUUAUAAUACAAUUAACUAUAUUAAUCAAAUCAAUGAUUAACAAUAUCUUAUUAGAUUAAAUUCUAUUAAAAUUAGUGACACAAACAAAAAAACUCAAAACUAUGUUUACGAUGCAGUGUAAAACUAGGCAAUUAAUUUGUAGUAGUUUUCAUAUACUUUCUUAUCAAGUUUAGAAAGUUUAUUUUUUAGCUCCUAGUUUAGUUAAAAUGUUACUGUUUACGUAAAUUACUUUGUAAUAAACUUCUACCUAAAACUUGCAAAUGGGAAAUGCUCUUCAACUACAGCAAAUUAAAGUGUAAGUUAGAUCAGAAUAUAUUGUAAUAAUAAUGGUGUAUAAACUUUGUAAAAUUACACAAUUAGUGAUUAUAGUUAAAAAGUCAUUAAAUAAUAUGUCAGUUUUUAAGCAUAUAAUUAAAAAAAAAGCUAUUUUAUAUUAUCAUAAUACAAUUAACAAUUUGACUAUUCAACAUUUUGCACUACUCCAUCAAGAUUGCUGCAAGAUAAUGAGCAGAGCGAAGAGAUUUAUCUAUAAAAUACAACUGAUUACAAAAAAAGAAAUCUGUAAUCCCUAAAAUCAUAUAUAAACUUAAUUAUUAUUGACAGUAACGGUAUUAAUAUUUUCUAAAAUGAACCUCCUUUUCAAACGUUUAGUUCAAUUCUAAGUUAAUCACCAAAUAUAUUUACUUAUUAGAAUAAUGAAGGAACUAUAGUGUUUAUUUAACCAAAUUAUAUUUCUUUCUUAUAUAUUUUAGAUAAAAGUCCAUAAUACACUUUUCAGAAAUAUAUAUUUGCCCUUUAAGACAUAAAUAAUGAGCAAUUGCUGAGCAAUAUUUAAAUAGAGCAAUUUUAAGACUUUGUAUUUAUUACAAAUGAUGAUUAUUUUUUGCUAAUAAUUUAAACUGCUAAUGAUAUUAAAGCUUUACUCUACAAUUACAAUAGAAGCUGGAAUUCUUAAUAAAAUAAUAAAGUAAUCAACCUGAUAAAAAUAAUAGAUUUAAAAAGUCUUAAUGUUUAAAAUUAAUUGGUUGGAUAUUAGGCUCUUUAUAUUAGUUAUUACAACUUGACACUGAUCUACAAUAUCAAUUGGAUAUAUAUCUUUUUUUUUGAUAAAUAAGCCUACCAAUUUAACAAGAUUGACUCUUUUUAUUUCUUACAAUCAACUGCUCUUCCUUAUAUAUACUACUCUGCUUCACUUUCUACUUUGCAUGUUUUCAUCUCAUCUUAACUUUACUAAUUAGACUUAUAAAAGUAUGUGAGCUAAUAAGCUAUGGAUCCUAAAUAGUGUCUAGUAAACAAAUACAUAAAUUUUCAGCCUACUCUUUUCUAAUAAUAUCUUAACAAUCCUCUUUCAACUAAUCCAUCUUUCAUAUAUGAUUAAAUCUAACUUUCAGGCUCACUUCUUGAAAUUAGUUUCUUAUAGCAAUAUUAUACUUCUAGAAGUCCUGUAUAUUAGAUGAAUAUGUAUGCAGGAAUAAAUUAUUAAUGGAAUAGUGCUCAUUUCCAAAUUUAGUCUACUUCGAACACACAAAUAACCUAAAAUUUAAUUUUAACUACUUAUAGCGAUAGCUAAAAUUAAAAUCUAAUUAAUUAAUUCACUAUUUAAGGUACAAAUCAAAUAAAUUUUAGUGGAUAUUAAUAGCUUAUGAUCUAGAAUGCUGCUUUUAACACAAAUUCUAUUUCAUAGUAUUAAAUUCCUAUCACUUUCACAUGCCUAAAUGUUCAGCUGAAUAACAUUUUCUUUGUAUAAAAAAGAUUCACAACACCUCUGAUGUCUAUAAUUGUGGGAAAAAAUUUUAGCUUUUAAAGCAUAAAUUUUAACUUUAUGACUUUUUAUAAAAUAAAUUCUUUAAUUUAGAUAAAUAGUCAAAAUAGCUUAUUAGCAAUAAAAUUAACUGAUAUAAACAUAUUUGAAUCUUCUUUUAUUGACACUUCGAUUAUCAAUUCUCCUAUUCCUAUUUAAUAUACCAUAUAAAAUCUUCAUAUUAAAAAGAAUGUGAUAAUAUCAACUAAUGGAUAAGUGAGAAAUUUUAUUAAUUCUUCUUCAUAUGCUAUAAAUAAGCUCUUAUUUCAUCAUAACGUUUUAUAAUACGUAUAGUUUAUAGGUGUCUAAAGUUAAUCUUCUACAUUUACAGCUAGCAUUUCUAAUAGUAUGAUUUAUAAUAACGUUAUUUUAGCAGGCUCUGCAUAGUAGAAUAUAAUCCUUGAUUUAGAGCUUAAUUAAUAAAUAGCUAAUUCUUCAGCAUCCUUUUUAAACUUGUUCAUAUCUUAGAAUUCAGUUAUUUAUGAGCUCUUCAAUAAAAGCCAAAUUACAAAUUACUUUGAUUAAACAGAAUUUAGUUAUACCUAAAUUUAAGAAGUUUCAUAACAGAAUUAGUUACAAUUUGUUUAUAUUAUAAAAUUGCAAAAUGUUCAAAAUAUAAUUGCUGAAAACAUAAUAUUUUAAAACAACCCAAGUAUAAAUCUGAUUUUUUCCUAAAUUUCUUCGAACGUUUAUAUUUCAAAUAUAUUAUGCAGUUUUUCUAAGUAAUAAUAAUCAACAUCUUUUUGCAUUAAACUUAUUAAUCAUGUAAAUUUAAAUGCAACUUUAACGAAUAUUAAUAUCACAAAUUACUAUUCAAAAAAUGACUUCUCUUUAGCUGUUUAAAGUCUAACUAACUUUAUGGACGUUUAAGAUUUUACUGUUACUAAUAUCACAUUUUCUAAAAUUUAAAUUACGAAUGUAAAUCUUAAGGUUGACUCAAAUUACUAAGAAUCAACAGUAUUCUCUAUAAAGAGCUACAUGAAUGCAAAUAUUUAAAUCGAUUCUCUCAAUAUCUCUAAUAUCACUAUGAAUACUCCUGACCUAUGCAUAAAUGAAUUUUCUUCUUCUCUUUCAAUAUUCGCUCCUUAUUCGAAUUUGGUAUUGACAAAUUCUAAUUUUAAUAAUAUAGAUAAUUUCUCUUAAAAGACUACCAUUUUGAUAAUAAUCAAAUAAGCAAUCAUUUAAAGAUUGUUUAUGAAUAUGAACAAUUAAAAUAAUUUAAAUAAUCCCAUAUCAGGAGGUUAGGCUUACUUCAGAGUUAAUAAAUUAAUUAUCUAAGAUUCUGUUUUUAAAAAUGGAUUUGCUUAUCAAGGGGCAGGACUGAUACUAAGUGGCUCAACUUCAAAUUCCUAAUUUACUAUUUAGAAUACUUAAUUUUAUAAUCUAUGGUCUACUUACUAAGGUGGAGCUAUAUAAGCAGUAAGUAUAUAACUUAAUUCAGUAAUCCAGAUUCAGUCUUGUAAAUUUAAUCAAAUAUUUUCAGGGACAGGAGGAUCUAUAUAUUUUAGCUCUACCUAAAGCAAUUUAAUCAAAAUUUAAAAUUGUAUAGCUAAAAAUACAUUUGCUUCAGUUGAUGGAGGAUUUUUAUAUUCUGAGAAUGGAUAAAUAUUUAUAAGGUCUUUGUAUACUUCUGAAAACGAUCCUCAAAGCACAGAUAUAAAUCCAUAGUUAUAAAAAAAAAUAAACUAAAUUACAAAUGGAAUUGGUCCUUUCAUUUCUGUUUACAAUACUCAAAUUUAAAUUUACGAUUUUUAAAUUUAAAAUGCAACUUUCCUCAAGUAAAUUCCCAACAACGACCCAAUCUUAUUUUAAAUUACAUAAAACUCAUAACUCUCUAUAUCUGGAUCUUAAUUAUAGGGUUACUUUAGCUUAGGAGGACUGAUUUUUAUAACAAGCUCAUCAAGUGCAACUAUUUUCAAUACCACUAUUUCAUCAUCAAUGUAUUAAAACGUUUAGAUAAAAUAAAAAAGAAUGCUUGCUAUUAACAGCUAAGAUGUGAGUAUGAUAAUAGUUAACAAUUAAGGAUCUCUAUUCUUAAGUGGUGUUAAGAUAUAGAAUAACACAUGCAGUGACAGCAAAUGUGUUAGUAAUUCCAUUUUUGUUAACACAGGAAAUUUAGAAGUUGUAAAUUCUCAAUUUCAAUAUAACAAAGGAAGUUAUAUGGGUGGAGCAAUUAAUUUAAUAAAUCCUGUUAAAAAUACCUUAAUGAUUAAUGCAACAUUUGCUUUUAAUAAAGUAAGCUAGCUGGGAGGAGCUUUAUAUAUACAAAGCAGCUAAGGAUAAUUUGUUUCUCUUAAGAACUGUAAUUUUAUAUAAAACUCUGCAACUAUUGGAGGAGCACUUUAUGCUGUUAACCAAGAAAAUCAAAAUAACAAUUACAUGAAUUGGCUUUUGAUUAAUAAAUCCCUUUUCUAGAGAAAUUUAGCCUAAUAUUAUGGUGGUGCAUAUUUUAUAAAAUCGAAUGCAACAUUUGAAUAAUUUAACAAUAAGGGCAACUAACUGGUGAAUAAUACGAGUGUUUUAAAGUAUGGCAACAAUUAUAUGAGUUCAAGUAGUCGCUUGGUCCUUGAUAUAUAGCAAAUGAAGAUUCUUAAUCAAAAUUUAGAUAUUCAAUAAGGCAAAGGGAAGAAUUAAGAUAACUAUAUCAUUCAGAGCUAUAAAAGUGGGGCUACUUUACCUAACUUGAUAUUAAAUUUGCUUGAUGAAUAAGGAAACAUCAUUAAUAAAAGCUAUUAAGAAACCUUACAAAAAGAAAUAAUAAUUUCUAUUAAUUAAGCAGAUAAUAAUUAUUACGAUUUUAUAAUAAACUAAUAAAGUGAAUACUAUUUCUAUUCAACAAAUACUUCAUUUAUUAUUGAAUAGCUUUUUGUCAUAGGAAAGCCAGGUUCUUUUGUAUGGCUUAAUAUUUCUUCAUCCUCUAAGAAUUAUAUAGGAAGAGAUGUUGACCAGCACUACAUACUUUUAGGACUUUAAAUUAGAGAGUGUUAGGAAGGAGAAAUAUUUUAGUAGGCUAUUGGUAGUGAUGAUAAGUAAGAUACAAAAAUUUUACAAAAGUGUGUUAAAUGUCCUUAUGGAACGUAUUAAUUAAUAGCUCCUACUCUUUCUUCUCCUAUAUUCGAAUGCAACAAAUGCAAAUAAAAUACAGAAUGUAAAGGUGGUAAUGUAAUACUUGUAGAUUCUGGUUAUUGGAGAAGCAAUAAUAAGACAGAUAAUAUAUUGUAAUGUUAAAAUCAGCCUUCUAAUUGCUUAGGUGGGUAUAUUGGAAAUAAAUGUUUAACUGGGACUAUAGGACCUUUAUGCGAAGCAUGUGAUUUAGAAAACAAAUAUUCUAAAGCGGGAACUUUUUAAUGCGCUACGUGUAAUAAUAUCUAUAUCAACGCUCUGAAAAUUGUUUCUGUAGUAAUAUUUUACAUUUUUGUUUCAUAAUUGACAAGUGUGGGUAUAUUAAAUAAAAUCUAAGAAAAAUAUAGAUACGAUCCAACUAAAAUUAUUUAAACUUCCUAGGAACUUAAAAAAAAGAAUAUUGUUGUUAAAAACCUUACAAAGAAAAGCUGGAGAGAAAUAAAAAAGUAACAACAACUAUAAUCAACUUAUAGUUUAGAUGCUUCUAUUUUACUUAAGAUUAUUGUCAAUUACUUUUAAAUAUUGGUGGUUAUUUCGACAUUUCAAAUUAAGAUUCCAGAUACUAUAACCACUAUCAUAUCAGUAGCUGGAAGUCCUUCAAUGUUGAUUAGUGAUUUUUCACAGUGCUUUUUCUAAUAAAUUUCAGAAUAAUAUAAUUUAGAUUAUUUAGCUGUUUCUCUUAUUGGUUCUGUUCUGAUGCCUGUCUCAUGUUCAAUAAUUUUUAUUAUUUUAGGCUAAAUCAUGUAUUGUAGAUAAACUUAUGUUAAGAGCGUUUACAUUAAAACCUCUUUGAUCUACUGCUUUCUUUAUUUUCAGCCAAGCAUCUUCAAACAAUGCGUGAAUCUGUUAUAUUGCAGAGAAAUAGAUGGCAUUUAAUAUAUUUCUUAUGACCUAAGAUUUUAAUGUUAUACAGACAGUUACUGGUUUUUAGCAUUAAAAAUAGUGUUACCUAUUAUUAUAACUGUUUCUAUUUUAAUACCAGUAUACUUGGCAUUUUGUAUUCUUAAAGUCAAGGACUCAUAAUUAAAGAUCAAGCAAUUUACUAUUUUAAGAGGAGAGUAUGAAGUUCAGUUUUGGUACUGGGAAAUGAUAAAAAUGGCUUCUAAAUUACUAAUUAUGUCUAUCCUCAUAGUCUAUGACAAUAACAUACCAUUAAAGGCCACAUUGGUAUUUUUGAUAUUAUCUACUUAUGGAGUGUUAUUAUCUAAAUUCCGUCCAUACUCUCUUGAUUUUUAUAACACAUUGGAUAUUGUAUCUAAUAAAUUCUUGCUAUUUUCUAUACUUUUUGGAUAUAUAGCUUACAUAAAUAAUGGAAAUGUCUUCUGGUAUUUGAUUAUGAGUGUUUUGCUGGUAGCAGCAAAUUCUAUUUUCGUAAUUUGGUCUUUUAGAUACCUUUUAAUGGCAUAUAUUCCUGCAUUUAGGGCUAAAUUAAAUAGCAGAAUAAUUAAAUUUCUAAGAUUAGGUAUUGUUAGAUGCAUAUUGUCUAAAAAAGUAAUUCGCAGGUGGCUUAUCUUGAGUUGGUUCAUUUCGUUUAGACAAGAAUUGUAUAAAAAGAAGAUGAUAAAUGCUUGGUCAGGAAAGAUAAAAAAAGAUGCUCAAAAUGAUAUUCAUACUUUAAUUAUUUAAAAAUAAAAUAGCAUUAAUACACCUAAAAAUAAGCUAUCAAUCAAUUUAGAUCAAAGACCUUCAUUUUUAAAAUAAUAGACAUUUGAUUCUUAAUUUUAUUCUCCUACUAAUUAAAGAGAUACUAAGAAGGAUCUCUAAAACAGUCAAUAAAUGAAGCAGAGUAGCAUCUCAAAAGAUCAAACAAAUUAUCAGGCAAUUAAUAUAAGAAAUCUAGAUUAAUGCAAUGGAAUCAAAAUGUUUAGAGGAAAAAGUAUCUUUGGUCAAAUGUUUGAUUUAGUUUAAAGUUUUACAAAUAGAAAUUUAGAUGAUUAAGAAUCAAUGGAUAGAAAAAGCAAUUUCCCAUCGGAAUUAAAUAUAUAAAUUAACACUCCUAUGUCAGUCCAUAAAUUGAUUACAGAUUUAUAGAAUAAAACUUCUAGAAGUAGGUAAAGAAAUUAUGGCUUUUAAGAUGAAGUUCUAUUUAUAAAAAACCAAGAAAAGUAAUUAAAAGACAGUAGUGAUAUUUUUUAGGAGUAAUAAUCGAAAUAGAUAAAAGAAAGUUCUACAAUCGAUUUGUAGAUAGAUGAAGUAUAAAAUAAUUAAUGUGUCAUUGAGUUAAAAAAUCUUAAUAAAUAAUAAAAUCCUUUAGUUGGAAAAUUCAAUUAAAAAUAUUUAACACAAAUAACAGAUUCAGCAUCAUAAUUUGAUUAAGAAGCAACUCAUACAGAGAGUGCAAAAAACAGCUUUAAACAGAAAAAAUAAAUGAAAUUUGAAAAUUUAUUUAUCACAAAAAGUCAAGAUUUAGAAAAAGAAAAUACUCUAAAAAAUAUUUAUGAAAGAAAUCAGAAUGCUUAGACCUAGGGAUAAAUAUUAAAAAUUGAAUUGCAAGAUAUGAGUGAAGGAUAACUUGAAAAUGGAAAAACAUAAAAAGGUGAUGAAAAAAUAGAGCAUUAGAACGAGCUUAUAUUUAAUAAAUAAGGAGAGCUAAAUUUAUCUCCAUUAGCAAAUAAAAUGCCAAAAAAGAAUAUAAUAGAAUCAUAUGAAUUAGAAUAAAUUACAAGUAGUAGUAACACAGAUUCAAGCAAGUAUUUACAAGAAAUUCCUUCUGAAAAUUAGCUUGAUAAUGCAAACAAUAUUAAUAAUCAAAAUAUUUAAUUUAAAGAGGAUAAAAAAUUAAUGGUAUUUACUGUUUUACCAAAAUAUUCCAAUAGAGAUGAUCAAUAGAGUGAAAAUUUUAGUAAUUUAGAGAGUCAGUAAUAGUUUAGUAAAAACUUAAUUUAAAUAGAAUAAAGUAGAAGUUUAAAUUUUAAUGAUAAUAAUGAAUAUUAAAGAAAUUAAAGUGAGAAUGAUGUGCUAGAUAACUUGCAAAAAGUAAAUAACGAGAAGAUUAAUUAUUAAUAAUAAGAUGCUUAAUCGUCAUAGUAAGUUGAAAUUAUUAACGAAGAUCAAAUUGAUUCAAAUUUCAGCUAAACAAACGAGCCUUAAGUUGGUAUAGAAAAAUCAGAAAUAUCUCAAAUUAAAAGUUAAUUAGAUAAUGAUAAUAUUUUAUCAUAUGAUCCCUCAAAUACUGUAAAUUGA